AUGGCAUCACUACAAGAUUUGAUUCCAACUGUAAACAAAUUACAGGAUGUAAUGUAUGAUUCUGGUAUUGAUACCCUUGAUCUUCCAAUUUUAGCUGUUGUUGGUUCGCAAUCAUCGGGUAAAUCCUCUAUUCUCGAAACAUUGGUGGGUAAAGAUUUUUUACCUAGGGGUACAGGUAUUGUAACCAGACGUCCAUUAGUACUACAAUUGAUAAAUACUAUUCAGGAUGAAGUUCAUGAUAGUUCUAUGGAUAAGGAUGUUGGUCAAACGCAUCCAUCUUCCUCUAGUUCGGAUACUAACACUACUAAUGAUUAUACUACUGGUUCCAUUAAAAGUUUGCCAUCUUUGGGAACAAAAAAAAGUAUUAAUUCAAAUGAAUGGGCAGAGUUCUUACAUAACCCUGGUCAUAAAUAUUAUGAUUUCGAAGAAGUAAGAAAAGAGAUCGAAGAAGAAACUCAAAGGAUUGCGGGUUCUAAUAAAAGUAUUAGUAAUCUUCCAAUCAAUUUGAAGAUACACUCGCCUUAUGUUCUCAACCUAACUUUAGUAGAUCUUCCUGGGAUCACUAAGGUUCCAAUUGGUGAACAGCCACCUGAUAUUGAGAAACAAAUUAAGAACUUGAUUUUGGAAUAUAUUGCAUCGCCUAAUUGUAUAAUUUUAGCCGUAUCACCAGCAAACGUGGACCUAGUCAAUUCUGAAUCAUUAAAGCUUGCAAGAGAAGUAGAUCCACAAGGGAAAAGAACUAUAGGUGUCAUUACUAAAUUGGAUUUGAUGGAUUCUGGUACAAAUGCCUUAGAUAUUCUUUCUGGAAAACUCUAUCCAUUAAAACUAGGGUUUGUUGGUGUUGUAAACCGCUCUCAACAAGACAUUACACUGAAUAAGUCAGUUCGUGAAAGUUUGGAAAAUGAAGAAAAUUACUUUAAUAGGCAUCCUAUCUAUAGAACAAUUUCAAAUAGAUGUGGUACAAGAUAUUUAGCAAAAAUUCUAAAUCAAAUUUUAAUAAAUCAUAUUAAAGUAAAGUUGCCUGAUAUUAAGACACGUUUAAAUACUUUAAUUGGACAAACUGAGCAAGAAUUGGUUUCCUAUGGAGUUAGUGUUGGACAAACAACAGAAAAUAAAGCAAAUUUAAUUUUAGAUUUAAUGAAUAAAUUUGCCUCAAAGUUUAUUUCUUCUAUUGAUGGUACAUCAACAGAUGUUGGCACAAAAGAAUUAUGCGGCGGAGCAAGAAUAUACUACAUAUAUAAUGACAUAUUUGGGGCCUCUCUAAAAAGCAUUAAUCCAACAUCUAAUUUAUCCGUUUUAGAUAUUCGAACUGCUAUACGUAAUUCAACAGGUCCAAGAGCUUCAUUAUUUGUUCCAGAACUAGCAUUUGAUCUCUUAAUUAAACCUCAAAUUCAAUUAUUAUUAGAUCCCUCUUUACGUUGUGUUGAGUUAGUAUAUGAAGAGUUGAUGAAAAUAUCUAAUAGCGGAGCAUUACCAGAAUUAAAUAGAUACCCUAAACUCCAAGCUAAGUUAGUAGAAGUUGUUUGUGACUUAUUGAGAGAAAGAUUAGGCCCCACAUGUACUUAUGUGGAAAGUUUAAUUAACAUCCAUAAGUCUUAUAUUAAUACAAAUCAUCCAAACUUUGUUAAUGCUGCUGAUGUAAUGGCGGAUAUAAUAAAGACACGUAAGAAUGUCAGUAAAAGAAUUUUAUCUGAUACUUCUUUAACUAUCAAUGAUACAGAUAUUAAGGAUGGAAACAAAGGUGCCGCGGGAGGUAUGUUUUCUAAUUCAAUAGUCCAACCCGGCGAUGAUAUCUCCAAAGCAUCAUUUAUAGACGAAGUUGAUAGUACAACAGGGGGGGUUGAAACAUCAAAAGAUUCAUUCCUCAACUACUUCUUUGGUAAAGAUUCCAAAAAUGGUAAGGAUGGCUUCCAACCAGCUAAUGAAAACAACUUACCAUUUUCGAAUGCCCAUUCAAACUCCAUUAAUAUUCAACAACUUUCUCAAGGACUAAAUUCUGGAUCUUUCAUUGACUCUGAUACGGAUAAUGAAUUUGUUCUAACUGAAAAGGAAGAACUAGAAUGUGAACUCAUGAGAAGAUUAAUAGAUUCAUACUUCAGCAUUAUUAGACAAAUGAUACGAGACCAAGUUCCAAAGGCUAUUAUGUGUUUUAUGGUAAACUUCUGUAAGGAGACUGUACAAAAUAGAUUGGUUACAACACUAUAUAAGGAAUCUAUGUUUAAUGAACUUUUAGUGGAAGAUGAAUUGAUAGCACAAGAUAGAGAAAAAUGUUUGAAUCUAUUGGAGACUUAUAAAAAGGCAUCAGCUAUUAUCAAUAAUAUAAUGUAA